CCUUACUGCACAUGAAGCAUCGUCAGCGCACCAAGUCACAAUGUCGCCGGUGCCAGGACGGAGGGAUGUGCCAGCAGCAUGGGAGGGGGAGGAUCCCUUCCGGGUACGAAGAGGGCUGGUGGCUGAAGAAGCAGCGGUUAGAUCAGGGAAGGGUUCGAUGGGAGAGAGAGGUGACUGUGCUAGGGGUAGCCAGGGAGAAGAGGGGUUGUUCCAAGUACAAGCCGGGUCGUUGAUUGGAGAUCGACGGCGGCGGGGCGAAAAGCGCGAAGACUGUCAUCGUCUAACGGCUGUCGACGAUGGUGCAAGCGAAAGCAAUGGAGAUCGGGGAUUGAAGGAGAGGGAGGAGGGUCUUAGGCAGGCGGAGACGGUGGGGAGUUUGCAAGCGGAAACAGGCAUGUCGGGAUCUGUAGGGCGGAGGCGGAUACCCCGCGAAAACCAGCGGAAUCCAGCGGGCGAAGGGGACGUAGCAGACGUGGCAGCAGAGGAGAGAACUGCAGGGCGAGACGAUACGUCGAUGGCGGGAAUUGCUGAAAAUGUCAAAAGAGAGAAGCCAUGAAGGAGUAUGAAGCAGGACGAGAUGGAGAGGCGGCUAGAGAAGCGGCGGGAGGAGGUGGACCUCCUCGUGAACGAGAUC